AUGUUCCAAAGAAUCAGAGGCGCCAUCGACCGCACCAUUGCCGAGGAGCAAGCCCGGCAAAAGGCCGUCGACAGCGCAACUCCCUCCAGGUCUGGAUCGACAUCGUCUCGCCGAAGUGAUGCCAAUCCUGCUGGACGCCGGCCCCGGGCGAAGAAACCGUCUGCUGAUAUAACCGAUACGGGGGCUCCGAACCCUGACCCGGCCGUCUUUGAGGCCGCCUUUGUCAUUGACGAUAGCGAUGAUCCGAGUCGCGCCGGGACGCCAGGCCCUCCUCCACCCCCCGAGAAGGACGAUGUCGAUAGCAAUGGGCAACCUACGCCAAAGGGCGAAUCCCUGGAAAAGUCUCAGACCAACGGCACCAAUACGAACAAUGAAAAAGGCGCCGAGAAGGAGGAUGGGACGGCUGCUUCAUCUACGGCGUCCGCUGCUGAUUUGAGUCCAGAGAUUAAGCAACGAUUGAGGAAGCUGGAGAAACUUGAGUCAACUUAUCCAGAACUUCUCCGAUCAUACAGAGUGGCCCAUAAGCGUGCAACUGCCAUCGAACCCUUUGAGAAAGCCCUCCGCGAGAACACACCUCUGACCUCCAUCAGCGAUCCAGACUCACUGGUCGAAUAUCUCAACCAAUUGAACUUGCGCGGAGACAUGGUAAUGGAGGAGCUUAAAAAGGUCUCGGCCGACAAGGACGAACUCAAGAAAAAGCACGCCGAGGCCGAAGAAAAGCUUCAAAAGGCCCAGGAGGAGUUGGAAGCGCUCAAGGCUGGAAAGUCUGGCGAAUCUGCGACCGAAUCUGCUGCUGAACGCAAAUCCAUGGAUCCAGCGGUACGAGCCAGCACUGAUACCGCCCCCGAGAAAGUCAAGUCACCCGUCGCGUCCGUCAUUGGCAUGUUCUCUCCCAAGCAAAAGGCUCAGGAUGCGUCCAAGGGUCAAUCAGAGAGUGAAGACUUCUUCUCAUACGACGAUGAGAUUCCCCAGCUGCAGGCGGAAGUCGCCUCCAAGACGGAGGAGAUCCAGCAGUUCAAGAACCAGGUAGAGGACUUGAAGAAGGAGCUCUCCGUAGCCAAGGAGAACAGUGCUGGCCUGGCAGAGAACCUGGAAAAGGCCACCAAGGAAUUAAGCGAGUCCCGUGAAGCUUCCAAACCGCAAGAUUCUUUACAAACACAGCUUCAUGAACAAAACGAGAAGAUCAAGUCCCUAACUGAACAGUUGGAUACCGCACAGUCACAGUUGAAGAAGCUGGAGCAGCAGGCAGAAAAGGACAACAAGGAGCAUGCGUCAAAGGUCAGGGACGUCGAAUCGUCUCUGGCCAAAUCAGACAAGAGGGCCAGCGAACUUGAUGCCGAGCUUACCAAGGCGAACAGUGCAAAGACUGUGUCUAAAAAACUGAUUGACGACCUCAAUACCCAAAUUGCCACCCUCAAGAAGGAGAAGACUGAUAGUCUGGCCAAGAUUGAGGAGCUCACUACGAAGCUGGAUGCUGCGCCAACUGCACCGUUGCAACCGGUGGCUACCGAACCAACAGCUCCCCCAGCGCCUGCAACUGGAGGUUCUAAGAAGAAGAAUAACAAGAAGAAGAAGGGCAAGGGCGGUGCCGCUACCACCACGUCUGCUGCCCCUGCUGCUGCCCCUGCAACGCAAGACGAGGAAGAAGACAGCAAAGAAAGCGACAAGCUGGAGGCUUCAGCUGGUGUCGCCCUCCAGGCCGAGAUUGCUAAGCUCAAGACGGAGGUGGAAGAAAAGGACCAGCAGAUUGAAAAGCUCUCCAAGAAGCGCAAGACUGAGGAGGACUUGCGAGAGGAGAUUGAGAACCUUCAAGAAAAUCUGCUCAGCAUCGGGCAAGACCACGUCGAAGCCAAGGAGAAGAUCAAGGAGCUGGAGCAAGAAAAGACGAAGCUGAAGGAACAAAUUGCCGAGCUUGAGGGUCAGAUUGGAUCGUCAAAGUCCAACGAGGCCGCGAGUUCGGAACUCCAAGGGGACCUAGAUGCUUUGCGAAAGGAGUAUGACGAUCUCAAGGACAGGUCGACGACGCUGCAGUCUGAUUUGGGCGCCGCCCAACAGCUUGCGCAGACCAGGUUCAAGGACUUGACGGACCUGAGGGAAGUGCUGCAAAAAGCGCAACCAGAGCUCAAGAGCUUGAGACAAGAGUCUGCAGAGCUAAAGUUAACCAAGGAAGAACUUGCCGCCAAGGUCAAGGACCUCAAGGCUGCGGAGAAGAAGGAGUCAGACUUGAAGCGCGACGUCAACAAAGCCCAACAGCUGGCAGCUGACCGCGAGAAGGAGAUUAAGAAUCUACAGGAGAAGCUCAAGUCGGAAAGCACCAACAAGCAAAAGGCCGAAGAUGGAAAGCGAACGGCAGAAAGGGACCUACGGCGAGCCGAAGCUGAGAAGAUUGAGCUAAGCGCAAAGGCAGAAAAGACGGAGCGGGAAUUGCAAAAGGCACAAGACGAGCUCAACAAGCUGCGGCCACGGGUCAAGGAGUUGGAAGAACAAAUGCACAAGCUUCGAAGAGAGAGGGCAGCUGCACAAGAGGAGGCAGACUUCAAGUCGCAGCAAUACACCAACGCACAAGGUUUGCUGUCCAGCAUGCGGGAUCAAACAACAGAGUUGUCGGUGCAGCUCAAGGAAUCCAAAUCACAGGCAGAGUCACUAGACGAGGAACUCGUAGAGGUACAGCGGCUGCUGCAAGAGCGUACCAGAGAAGGAGAGACGAUGCGACGUCUCUUGGCAGAUGUGGACGAGCGAGCAGAUAGCAAGGUGCGAGAGAUGCGUGGGCGAAUGGAAGCCGCGAUUGAAGAACGCGAACGCAUUGAAGACGAGUCAAGCACGCUGGCGAGGCGGAAAACUCGGGAAACGGAGGAGCUCAAGGGCAAGAUUCGCGAACUGGAGCGGGAAGUCAAGUCGCUGACCAACGAACGGGACGACCUCGAAGAGCGACAACGCGAAUGGAAGCGCCGGCGUGACGAGCUUGAAGCCAUUGAGUCCAAGGCAUCUGCUGAGACAGAGGAAAUGCGCACAACGGUGUCGCAGCUCCGUACAGCUCUGGAUACCUCUGAAACACAGCUUCGUGAUGGGGAGAAGCAACGGGCUGAUCUACGCAAGAUGCUAGAUGAUUCGCGGCAGCGAUACGAGAAGUUGGCCAAGGAUUUGAAGACGGCACAAUCCAAGUUGGUUGCCAGCUCGAGCCGCAGCUCGAUGGAUUCAACGAGGAGUGGAGGCGCAAAUGGCGGUGGUGGAGGGCCGGGCGACACUAUGUACCUCAAGACGAUAUUACUACAGUUUCUGGAGCAGAAGGAUGGGAGGUUACGGGCACAGUUGGUUCCUGUGCUGGGGAAGUUGUUGAAGUUUGACAAGAGCGAUGAACAGAAGUGGUUAAAGGCCGUGCAGCAUAUAGAAGUAAAGUAG